AAUGGCUGCUGCAACCUCAAGCCUAUCCUGAUACACCGAAACGACAUCAAGGUGGAGAGAGAGAGCGAGAGCAAGAGAGAGAAAGAUUAGGAAAAUGAGAGCAGAUGGAGAGAGAAUGUGAGCGAGCCUGAGUGUUUCCUGAAAGGAGGAUAAAAAGAGAGAGAGAGGGAGAGAGAGAGAGAGAGAGAGAGGAGACCCUGGGGUGGGCUGCUGCAAGCGGCGGGCAACACCGAGCCAUGGAGGGCGAUGUGCGUGUUCGUGCGGUGGUGAUGACACGUGAUGACUCCAGUGGCGGUUGGGUGCCCCUUGGAGGUGGUGGCCUCAGUCAUGUGGUCAUAUGUAAGGGGCGGAGUCAUGAUGGCAGGGGACGGAGGGAGUACAUCAUACGUGGAGAACGGCUGCGAGAUCGAGCACCGGUGCUGGAGUGUGCAGUGCAAAAAGGGUUAGUGUACAACAAGGUGAACCCCAUCUUCCAUCACUGGCGAGUAGAGGAUCGAAAGUUUGGCCUUACAUUCCAGAGCCCUGCCGAUGCCAUCUCCUUUGAGAAAGGGCUUCAGACUGUCAUAGACAAGCUCGACAGAGGCUCUGACUCGCCCUCAUCCUCCACGCCAGAAGAGGCCGACACUGAGGAUGACGGACAAGCUUCUCAUACAGGAAGUGAGUCGUCAUCCAACAGCAGAAAGGAGAUGCUUCCCAAACCCAUCACCAUAGUGACAAGCGAGUCAUCGUCUACUUGCUUCGUGCGGUCGGAAGAGUUUAGUUUUGGAUCCAGCCAUGCUGUAACCACGCAAACACCUGCUCAGAUCCACACCAGGUCGGGCCAGCACCAACUCUCACAAAUGACGGCUGUGUUGAAUCCCCCGGCGCCCCCGCCCCCACCUCCUGCUCCACCUACUCCUCCUGUAGGUCCCCCAGCCUCAUCUCCCCUGUCCCCCCUCUCACCCACUAUUUCAUUGCUGGAGGAGGGAGACCUGCACAGUGUGGACCCUUGCAAAGACCUGUGGGGUUCUCGAGGUUAUGAGGAUUACAGACGGGCAGGGGCCACAAGGACUAUGGUUGGGGGGCUGACUGGCGGUGUGGUUGUUGGUGGUGGAGGAAGCCUGCAGGACAAGUCAGAGCUGUGCGUGGUUCGCUUUGAGAAGGAGCUGGCGGGAGUGGGUUCGGCGGGCUGUGAUGUGACUGUGAGCCUGGACAGUAAAGCCUCCCAGCGUUUAUCCUCAUCGUCACCCAUCUGUAUGUCCAUGCCCAAUGCUGUAUCCGGCGUGUCCUCAGGUGCCGGUUCACCCCAGGAGACGGGUAAAGGCUCGCCGUCGCCCUGCUGCAUCCACACAUCGCUGGCCACUCCCCGGUCGCGGACUCGUAAGAGAGGAGGAGGGGCCAGUAGUAGUGGUGACCCAGGAGCAAUCUCUCCCGAUGAUGACAGCCCGUGCCCUCAGGCUUCAUCGUCAUGCUCGUCUCGCUGUGUGUACUGCCGCUCUGUUUUCAGUGCUUCAGAGAAUGGGCGGGGCCGAUGCAGAGAUGCCCCAGACCCGGCCCUGCACUGCCUGCGCCAGUGGACCUGUGUGUGGUGCGCAGAGAGUCUGCUCUACCACUGCAUGUCGGACUCUGAGGGAGAGUUCUGGGAGCCUUGUUCAUGUGAUGACUCAAUGGGGGGCCACCCGCAUCCCCUCUGCUGUGCCCGCUGGUUGGCCCUCCUGGCCCUGUCUCUCUUUGUGCCCUGCAUGUGCUGCUACCUGCCUUUGCGCGCCUGCCUGCGAUGUGGGGAGAGGUGUGGCUGCUGUGGGGGAAAGCACAAGGCAGUCCGAUGAAGCCAGGCUUUUGGGAGGGAGGGGUUUCCUGGACCGAGGGGGUUUGGGUAUUGAGAGAAGAGAGCAUCCGUUAGGACGCAGAAGGUUGGCCCUAAAUAGGAACAGUGCUCUCAGUAGACCCAGACCUCUGGCCCGCCAAAGCCCCACAGCCUUCCGCUGCAUUCGGCUCUUUCUCUUUUCAACCUGGGGCCUUCCUCACUGGUCCAUGCCUGCUGUAGGUGCAUUGCACUCAGACCAGGCUCUGUGGGAGUUAUAGUGGAUUUAUUGAGGAGUGGCUGAUCUAGAGUUAGCUGUCAGUGACUUUAUCACAGAAAGAAGGUGGCAGAGGCAACAGUGAAGUGUACACUGUUUCAAAUGUCCGUUUUUUUUUUUAAUUUAGAAAGGAAAAAAAACUCAAAAAACAAAAGAUGUUUAUAUAUAUGAUUGUUAUAAUUUUAAUUGGUAUAUUUUAUUAAAUGUAAAACAUAUUGACAGAAUCCCCAAAUGGCACACACAUUCACGUACUCACAAACAUGAGAUCUUGGGGAAGUUAUUUGUUCCAUGUUGGCCUGUUUAUCAGUCAGAUGAACAGAUGUCACCCUUUACCUCUAAUUUUACCUCAGAUGUUACUAAAAACAAGGAAAGAAAAAAAGGAGAGAUGUUUGGUGUGAAUGAGCACAUGGUGCAUGCAGUCUUCAAGAGAGUACAAGCAUCUGAGACCACUAGUGUUGUCCUUUGAUUAUACCGCAUUAUACCACAAUGGGAGAAAGGUUAUCAAAUGCAAAGAGACAAUUAUUGUUAAGGGAAGUUGCAAUGAUGACCACCAAGACUUAAAAGUCAUAACAUGAUUCAUAAUGAUCCUUUGUAACCAAACACAUGGUUACUUUUUUGUUUCCAAAAAGAAAAAAGGAGAAUAUGUGUCUAGCAUUCAGCACCCUCACAUUUGCACAUACAUGUAUUUUUCCCAUAUUCCCAAGUAUUUUCAAUAUAUAUCAUAGAAAUCCUCAUAUCCCACCACUGUACUUGUUGAAUCAGUCAAGGUGCUUACAACUGAGGCCUCUGAGCGAGUCUAUUCUACCUAAUGUACACAGUGACUGCACUGUCCCCAAAGAAAAACAAAACAGGACCCCAUGGUAACCAAUCUGUUGAUGUGUCUCGGCCUCUGUGUGAGACACCACCAAAAAUUUAAGUGCAAUGAACAAUGUUUCAAAAUUUAUUUUUGUACUGGUUAGUCAUGUUAGUAUACACUAAGCAGUAAUGGAAAAGUGUUGAAACUGAAUACUGUAGUGUGUUGCUGUGCUCGACAUCAAGCAUAAAAACAGGAACACAAAGUUGUCUUUGAGCAGCAGCACGUAGCUCGCAGGUGCGACAUUCGAACGCGUCUGCUGCAGACUGUUGACGCUGUGAUUAGAAAAAGACACAUUAACUUGAAAACACUGAACGAAACAGGCGAUGCGGUUUUUAUAUUGCUUUAAGUGGAAGGUCAAAAAAGCUGCUAUUUUUACGCUAUUCUAUUCAAACGUUCCCACUGCCUGUUGUCAACUGGAGUGGUUGCGUGAUUUAGAAACAAAGCUCCAAGUUUCUGUUCCACCCAGGGUGCGGAAGAUUUUGUAAAUUUAAAGCUAGCAUUAAAGAUGAAUUUGCCCUGAGACAUUUUUAAAAAUGUUGCUGGUGAUGUACCUUGCAUUUCUAUGUUUUAUUUUGCUGAUUGGCAGGAUACAUUUCUACUUCCAGUUAAUAACCAGUUAAAGGUGCAUUAAUAGUUCAUUUAGACCAAGAAAUGGACAAAAAAAAAUCCUUUCAUUUUUGUAGGAAUUCCUUAGAAUACAGGUACAGGGAUAUUUGUUUACAGUAUGUCUUUUUGUUUCACCUUACAAAUUGCCACAUUGCAUAAAAGCACACCAGUUCCACUAUAGAAAGGUGCGUCACUUCCAAAAUUAAAUACAACAAGAAAAUUUGGGCUUUUUCUGUUAAGUGAAAAAACUUAAAUAAGGCCAUAAUGGUUAUAUAAUAUGUAUUAAAUGCAAUAAGCUUUAAGUCAUUAAAAAAAAAAUCAUCACAAAGUAAAAAAAGUUGAUUGUUGUUGAUUUUGCAGCUUUAAAAAAAACAAAAGUCAACAAAUUUAAAUAACACAUGGAAUGUACUGAGAAUCCCAGAAAGGUAAUACAAGUGUAAGUGAUGGAUAUACCUUUUUUUGUAUAAGGAAACCAGUGCUGACCGAGUUUCGUUGUCUCAAAUGCAGCAUCACCUGGGUGGACUUUAAAUUAUGGCAGAAUGAACCUUUCAGAAGCUUCACCAUGUUAUUUACAUUUUAAGUUUAGCCAAGAAUUUUUAUCCAAAGUGACUUAAAGUGAGUGAAGAGACAGUAGGGUUCAGAGUCAGGACAUGCAACUGCUGAUGAACACAAGCCUCGAUCUCUUGGUUAUGGGACAUUGUCUUUACUACUAGGCCAGCCUGCCAACAUUGUUGGUCCUCUUAAUUUUUUAAUUUUUUUAAAGACGCCCUGUCACAAUGGCAGGAAAUCCAAACCCAGUCACAAGACUGCCAUCCCCUGAUUCAAAACCUUUGUCUUUCUCUCUCACACACACACACUCACACACACUCUCUCCACAAAUCUGAUAGAUCCUCACACACAGACACACGUGUUCACUCGAUGGUGCAGAACUAGUAAAGCCAUUGCACACAGUUUGCUGCUUCUGGUUCAGAAAUGGUGUUAGAGUACAGUACUGACAGUCAUGCGAUCACAAUUGCAGGCCCCAUUCUUACAUCUUAAUAAAUGUGCCUUUUGAUUUGAGUAAUCAAUAACUUAUGAUUUCUAAGUAACUCUGUAUUAAGUACUAUUUCCUUUUUUGAUUAUUAAUUUCUGCCAAUGUGCAUAUUUUCAAAUGUACGUAUUUAUUAGUUUCAAAGUAAUUAAUGAGAUAUUACCUGUUUAUUUAUUUAUUGAGAUAUUUAUUCUGAUUCUUUAUUUUUUUGAGACAGGUUUUUAUCUUCUGUGCUGUCUUACUUCUGACUUUGUGCCAAUGUGCUGCUUUGAGGUGUUACAUAUCGUGGGUUUGUAUCAUUAUUAAACCCUCACUCUAUAUUUUAAAAGCGUUU